AUGAGCAAAGUUAGCGCUGCUGCCGUCAGAGAAAUUGUUGCUGAAAUCUAUAAGGGAUCAGAAGAGAAGAAGCGUAACUUUACUGAAACAGUCGAACUUCAGAUUGGUUUGAAGAACUAUGACCCUCAACGUGAUAAGCGUUUCUCUGGUACUAUCAAGCUUCCUCACAUUGCUCGUCCUCGUAUGACCGUCUGUGUCCUUGGUGAUGCUUUCCACUGUGAUCAAGCCAAAGGUGCCGGUAUGGAAUUCCAAUCUGUUGAUGACUUGAAGAAGCUCAACAAGAACAAGAAGCUCAUCAAGAAGCUCGCCAAGAAGUACGAUGCUUUCCUUGCCUCUGAAGCUUUAAUCAAGCAAAUCCCUCGUCUUCUCGGUCCUGGUCUCCACAAGGUCGGCAAGUUCCCCACUCCUGUCUCUCACAAUGAUUCUUUGGUUGACAAGGCCAACGAAAUGCGUGCCACCAUCAAGUUCCAACUCAAGAAGGUUCUCUGUCUUGGUGUUGCUGUUGGUCAUGUCGGUAUGACUGAAGAUCAAUUGGUUGGCAACAUCAUGUUGUCUGUCAACUUCCUUGUCUCCUUAUUGAAGAAGAACUGGCAAAACGUCAAGUCUUUGUACUUGAAGUCUUCCAUGGGCAAGCCUCACCGCUUGUUCUAA